GAUGUCUGGAACGCCAUCUGAUUGGUGGCGCUUGUUACCAUGGUCCUGCGUAAAACAGAAGUUGUGAUUUAUUUACAGAGGCAAUUGCUUGCCUUUCCCACAUUUUCCUGCUAUCCUAAACAGCUUCAGCCUGUUGCUGGCGACGGUAACGUUACUUUAUGGCUUUCUUCGGGAUAACGAAUUUGGGCUAUCAAAACCCCAUCGGAGACAAUAUGUUAUUGGGUCCGAGAUCGUCUGCUUCUCCCGGUGAUGAGGUGGAUUCACGGAGCUGGGCUAAACAGUCAGGACUGCCCUCCAUCCAAGUCCAGAGGGGAACCCCAAAAUGCACUGAUACCGGCAGUAUCUACAACCAGCCUUCUCCCUUCAGCCCAGACAUACACCAAGGGAGCCAGGGGCGAUACAGAGAGAUGCUCAAACGGGUUCAGAUACCAAGAUCCCCGAAUCAGCUGUACUCCGUGCCCCUGACAGACAGCCAGCAGUGUGGAUGGUGGAUGUCUAAUGGAGGCCAAGGAAAGAUGCAUGAACCCUGGACCCAAGUCAGACGAUUCCCCCGCAAGAACAGUGAGAUGACCAAGUUUGUGAAAGAGAUGUCAAUGACGGACCGAGAGUUCAGCUUAUUCUGAUUUCCACUCCUGCAGUAACAUACACACACACAAUCCCAUCCAAAGACCUCUGGGACCUUUACACUGUAAGGACUAUUGUGGUUUAAUAAACUGAGACAUUUUCAUCAUA